AUGACUGAAUCACUCAACCCACCACUGUCCUACGAGGCAUCUGCGACAACCACCCAUCCUCAUGUCGCAACCUCAUUGCCAUCUGAGGUCAUCUCAUGCCUCAAGAACUCCCGCUUCUUGCACCUGGCAACAUGUGACGACAAAACGCCCCAUAUCUCACUGAUGUCCUACACCUACCUCCCCUCGACGCCGUUCGACCCGCACCCCACCAUCAUCAUGACCACGAACCCCGCAUCGCGGAAAACCAACCACCUGCUGUCUAACCCGCGAGUCUCGCUGCUGGUCCACGACUGGGUGUCACAUCGCCCGCCGACCCGGGCCCCCACGCACGGUGACCGCGAUGGCUCCCCACCACCCGCCGCUACCCGCUCAUCGCUUGCGAGCCUGCUGCUGAAUCUGAACACCAGCGCUCUGUCCAGCAUCUCGACUACCAUUACAGGUGAGGCGCGGUUCUUGGAAUCUGGUUCGGAGGAGGAGGCGUGGUGCAAGGAUCGUCAUUUGGAGAACAAUACUUUCGAGGAGGAAGAGAUUACCCUCUUUGGUCAGCAGCAGCAGCAGCAGGAUCCGAGUCGGAGACGGCCUAGUCUCUCGAUUGAUUCUGAUGUGCAGGUGGUUACUGUAAGGGUUACUGAGGGUCGCAUUGCUGAUUGGAAAGGUGGUGUGCGCGACUGGGUUCUGCUUCCUGCUGAGCAGCAGGAUGCUGGGUUGGUCAAUGGCGUGGCUUCCUCAUAG